GGCACAUGGACCCAGCUGUCCGCAGUACAGGAUUCCAUCACCAAACUCUUUGUUUUGCACUUCCUGUGUGUCUCCUAGCCCUGUCCACCAUGCCUGUACUCCUUCAUAUUCAUCGCCUCCUCAUCUGAGAUGGUUUUUAUGCCAACGUUGCCCCUCGGCACAGACUGCCGUGCUCUGUGAUGCCAAUCACUUCUUUGAACACCUUGGUUCCACAAAGGUAGAUCUACCAGUCUUCUUGGUCAUGGAGGCUUUUGCAGAGGUCCCCUUGUUUGAGAUGGAUGAGUAUGAGGAAGAGGAAGUCCUCUCCAUGAGGAGCAAAGGUGCCUCUUCAUAUGCUACGUACCCCAUGGCGCCUCCUGCAGGAACAGACCCUGACGCCUACAUUUACAUGAACUUCAUGAAAAGUCACAGUUGCUACGAUGCCAUGCCCAGAAGCUCCAAACUGGUCAUUUUUGAUACAACACUGCAGGUGAAGAAAGCUUUCUUUGCUCUGGUGGCUAACGGUGUGAGAGCAGCACCCCUGUGGGACAGCAAGCUGCAGUGUUUUGUAGGAAUGCUUACUAUUACGGACUUCAUUAAUAUCCUCCAUCGUUACUACAAGUCUCCUCUGGUUCAGAUCUACGAACUGGAAGAACACAAGAUAGAGACAUGGAGAGAAAUCUAUCUACAGUACUCUGUAAACAGGCUCAUCAGCAUCAAACCUGAGUCCAGUUUGUUUGAUGCCAUCUACUCCCUGUUAAAGAAUAAGAUCCACCGGCUGCCGGUUAUUGACCCAACUUCAGGAAAUGUCCUCCACAUCCUGACUCACAAGCGCAUCCUAAAGUUCCUUCACAUCUUUGGAUCCAUGAUUCCCAAACCCAGGUUUCUUCAAAAGCAGAUCAACGAGGUGCCCAUCGGUACAUUUAGGCAGAUUGCAACGGUCCAGGAAUCUGCAUCUGUCUACGAAGCUUUGGCUAUUUUUGUGGAAAGAAGAGUAUCAGCCCUUCCUGUGGUUAACGAACAAGGCAAAGUUGUGGCACUGUACUCCAGAUUUGAUGUCAUUAACCUUGCAGCUCAAAAGAAUUACAACAAUUUAAACAUGACAAUGAAAGAGGCCAUUGCAUCAAGAUCCUGUUGGGUGGAAGGAGUCCUCAAGUGUUAUCCCCACGAAACUCUGGAAACCAUCAUCGACCGUAUAGCAAAGGCUGAGGUUCAUCGACUAGUUUUGGUCGACAGAGAAGAUGUGUAUCAUCAUCAACAACCAUCAACAAUGUCCAUCUCUCCUAUGAAAAGCCAGUAUCCCAGAUAUUUACAAGUGGCCAAGCCUUCAAGUGUAAAGGAAAACAAGAUGGCAACGGAUGAUGUAAAACAGGACGAUAACAUGACAAAGUAAAGCCCAUUGGAGCAGAGCUUCACAACAGCACAGGAGCAGGAUGCGCCAGGACAACAAAUUCAGCUUUUCCAUGAAGGCAAAGCUUCUGAAUGAGUGACAGACGAAGAAAAAAGGAGGGAAAUAAAACUGAAGAUGCUCAUGGAAAUAUUUCUAAACCAGCUAUGAUUUGAGAUGAACUUGUGGCCAAGUGUUGGAUACACCAAGGUGAAGAGAAACGGUCUCUGCUCCAAAAGAACUGUGAUGAUAAGAUGUACUUACAGUCCUAUCACUGUGAACAAUAAAUACCUUUCCGUCACCAAGUACGGCAUCAUUUUAUCUUUGAUAUAAAACACCGACAUUGAACAUAUAGAGAGGACUACUGCUGGUUUAUUGUUUAUUCAGUUACAAAAGAACAGGGAAGGUUGAGAUACACCAUUCGCUAUAACUCAAUGAGCACUGUAGUAAAAGAGACAUCAAAUUCAGCCAUGCUGUGAUCUUCUCUAUGAUCCUAAAGUCAGCCGAGAGU